AUGGCUUGUCAAGUUUCUUACUCAUCCCUAUCUAUGGAUAAUCUCCACGAUCAGACUCGAAAGGUCGAUAUUCGGAUACCAGAUAAUUAUCGAAAACGAUCGUUUUCCCUAUCUUCACUGGAAAUGCAUCGAAACCAACGAUCCGCCAAACGGUUAGUCCCCCAUCUCUCGUCAGCGACGAGAAAUCCCCAAAUCGAUACAGUCGAGGAUGGUGCUUUCACUCCACUCACGAUGAUCCCCUGGGAUAUAUCGAAAGUGCAUAUUCAGAUUCAACAACCACGAUAUCCCUCUUUUGAUUCAAGUAAGUCGAUGAAGUUGAACCAUCGAUCGGUCGCCACUCCUGUCAUGAAGUUGUCGUCGUACUUAUCGAAACUCGCAUCGGGAUCUGCAGAAAACGAUAACGCGCAACCCUUCCUACCUGGAGAUAGACCCAACAACGGCCAGGAUUUCCGUGUUGUGACGCCGGUCGAUGUUGCUUACGAAGAUGGAUGUUCUGUUCUUAACUCACAAAACUUCGAUGAUCCUUUCCCAUCGAAACACUAUCACUCUUCGGAACCAACAUCCUCUUCGCACUCGAGUUGGACCUCAUCCCCUUCAUCGACCUUGAAUGCUUCAAGGAGUGAAUCACCACGACUAUCUCCUUCUUCAUCCUCCAUGACACCGACCGGCUCGGAUGUCCGGAUCAAUUCCCCAAAACCACCUUUUUCCAAUGCCACACCAAUCACCUUUGGAUCGGGACAGAACUUUUCUUUCACUUUCACUUCUCCUUAUCCUUAUCCAGUUUCAACUGCCUCUUCAAUCCAUACUAAUCCCUUGACUCAAUCUCAAAGCUCCUCAACUACUACAACCGACUCUCCUCGUUAUAUACCGCGAUUGAAGCGAGCCAGGGAGCUCAUCUCAUCGGUGAAGAGUUGUAAAGUCAGGAAGAUCAGUAGAUAUGGUCAGGAUGUGGAAAUGCAAUUGGAAGAUGGAGAUGGCAGAGUGAAGAAGAUGAGAAAGAUAUGUUAUGACUAA